AUGCGCCGUGGUGUGCGUUCGCAUGGCGGGGAACUCAUCCUAUCCGUGCAAAGGGCCACGGUAGAGCACGCGACCGGUGCUUGGUGGUACACACUAUUUUAUCUCAUGACCUCUGCCAUAAUACUGAUUCUUACCGAAUGUACACCGUCGCUAAACCGCUUGCUCGACGAAGGCGAGCUGGAUGCCUCGUGGGAACGAUGUCUUGACACGCUAAAGGUGCUUGGACAAAAUUACUCUCUUGCACGGCAUUAUCUGCAUGCUCUUACCGUCCUGCGCCAGCGCAGCUUGGCAAAAUAUUCAGGACAACCACAGGAAACCCGGCCUAAUGCGGGACGGACUCCUCAAAGUUCAGACGGAGACAACGGCAUCGACGGAGAUAUGUCUCACGCCGUGACAGAUGAAUGGAGCAGGACGUAUACAGAGGCUGGGCUGGAUCACUCCGUGUUUCCGAUGAAUUGGGACCUGGACCUCGAAAAUCUCCUGCCAGUCUCGACAACCUUUGGCCCCGACGGAUUUGGGUACAAUAUGCCAAAUAUCCUCGACCAUUGA